UUCCGUAGGAUGUCGUGGCGUGAAGACGUAGGCUAACGGAAGAUAUCAGACCUACGGCAGGAUUUAUCUUCUGUUCAUCAUCGACUCUGUUUAAAGAGCGAACACUGGUUCUAGCAGUUCGGUGAAGUGAUUUUGGGAAACGUUAAAGCUGAAGGUUUGACGGUGAAAUGAGGCGCGCAGGUUUGGGUGAAGGAGCUCCGCAGGGGAAUUAUGUGGCCAGCGGUUACAGCGUUUACGAGGAGGAGAAUGAAGAGUUACAAGAAGGUCUUAGAGCCAAAGUAAAUGCAUUGAAACAUCUCUCUAUUGACAUUGGGACUGAAGUCAAACACCAGAAUAAAAUUUUAACGGACAUGGACUCGAACUUUGACUCAACUGGCGGUUUGCUGGGAGCCACCAUGGGCAGACUGAAGCAGCUGUCCAGAGGAAGCCAGACCAAAAUCUACUGCUACAUGCUACUUUUUGCUCUCUUUGUAUUCACUGUUCUUUACUGGGUGAUCAGACUGAGGUGAUGGAAGGACUCGUAUGAGGAUUUUGACUGCUUUCUUGACGUCCUCUACCCUGUGCGUGUGCCAUCAGACAACCCGAAUCAGGCCACUCAUGCAUUUGAUUCAGAUGAUUUAACAAAGAGUCUCUGAUGCAUUCAAUAUUUAUCACUCGACACUUGUGUAAAAUCAGGGACAGAUGUUGCCAGAUUUCCUCCCUGUCACAGGUUAGUGAUUUUAGGAUGUAAAUGUUUGUAUUAACAGUAUUCCUCGCGAGAUACAAAGGCUUUAAUACAAUGCCAAUAUGUCAUUCUAGAUAAACAGAUGUUUCCUAGGACUAAUGAUCCUAAUCCCCCAUAGUUCUAGGCAUGUAUCAUCUGAAUUUAAUUAACUGGUUUUUAUAUAAAUGCAUAAAUUCAGGCUGUGCUGCAGGUCAGAGAACAGAAAACAUUGUUUUGUCAAGCUAAUUAUUCAUCAAGCUUGUUGGUUAUGCUUUUGUAUAAACAACUUAUUGAGCUAGCCUCCUGGUCAGCACGUUCCUUCGGAAUAAUUGUAACAAGACCCUACUGAAUGCACAAAUAAUAAUAAGGAUAGGACAGUUCACUGUUCAAGGAUAUGUGGAAACAUUAAAAAUGUUUUCUGGGGGGGGGGGAGAAGUGAUGUAUAAAUGAAAAGGUUAGAAAUGAACAUCUUGUUUUUCUGCUGACUUGAGGUUUGAGUUCUGAAUAUAGAGAACUAAUUAAGCUUAAACAGCUCUGGACUAAGUGUUGGAUUUCUUACAAAAUUGUAAAUUGUGCUUUGUAAGUAAUCGGCAAUAAAUAUUGAAAGUAA